CUUAACCGUUCAUCACAAGCGACGUAACCCAGACAAAGUGGCAAUGAGCGCCAUUCCCAGGCAACUCCUAUAUCCGCCCGAACGCGAUGCAGUGAAGCAGCCUGCCCGCUAGCUGCCAAGGCGCUAAUUUCACCUCCGUUUACACACGAGCGGUGUCACCCCGACACGCUCAACCUCACCUCACCCCCUCGCCGCGUCGUUCAAUGGCCGAUGCUACGCUGUCGUUACUGCCUGUUCAGAAGGCGGAUGAGGAGCGCAAGGCAGGAUGCGAGGUGGUGCGGCCUACGGUGGUGCUCCUUCGGGAAUAUGGAGACGAGAGAGCCGGUUGGAGCCCAGUAGACUUGCCUAAGGACUAUGCAAGCCUAGAAGCCUUCGGAUACGUUUUGUUCGAUAAACAGCGCGAGGGAUGGCUUCUCCAUUUCCACUUCGAAGGGUACGAUAUUGAUAGGUGCGAUCUCAAGGCGAAGCGGGAUUGCUGGGAUAGGGGCACAUACUUUAUCGAUACGCUCGUCAGUAUGGGCGCGCUUCGGCUGAUUGCUCACUUUGUCGAGAAGCGGCGCGGAUUGCUGAAGCGAGCCCCCCAAUCUCCGAUCUCGAGGGCUCAGAAACGCCGGAGAGAAAACGAAGAGGAGGCGAUGUCGGAUCUCGCUAUGCGUGACAUUCAAGCAGUGGCGACUGAAGAAGCACUCCCCGUUGCUGAGAUCGAUAUGCCGGUCAGUCAGUGGAAGCCGGCAGCUCCAGUCUAUCCGCACGGCUACCCGCCUCUUCCUCGCGAUGCAACGUACGUCAACUGGCUCACUGAUUUCGAUUCCUGGACAAAGAAUAACGCCGCACCUGGCGACCCCAUUACCGACACGGGCUUCGAAACAAGGAUUUCUGUGGCGUACCGCCGCGCGCUCGCGCACGCUCGCCUUAUCAAGGGUAAAUACGGCAUCGUUGCCGGCAAGCCUUGUAUCCACUGUGCGCAGGCCGGAUUGGUGUGUCGCGUCUAUCAUCCGGGUAUUGGGCUAUGGAAUAUGACAGCCGACCCGGAAAAUCAGUUUGGACGAAGGUGCGCGUAUUGCAGGCCCGGAAUUCAUAAGAGCAACGCCGCCUGUCUCGCGCAUUGGAAGGCUGAGGGAGGCGACUCGCACUUCGUUCGCCGAGCCUGGAGCACAUCUUGAGACGUUGCGCGGUUCGACGGAAGCUUCUCUCGAUGGGCCAUUUUUCGAUGGGUCGGCAAGAGGAUCGCAAUCGCGGAUAUGAGUACAGCUUCGCACACCCGGCGCGGUGAGUGAAGUAGCUGCGGGAAGCUAUUAUUGAGGAUGUUCCUUUCCAGGUCAAUGUACUUGAGGUGCAUGGAUAAGAGAAUCUGGAGCAUACCAGAGCUGGCAGAAGUUAAAUGAUCCU